CGGAAUCCGAUCAUGGCCGACAAUCGCUUCAGUGCGCUGAACAGCGAUCCGCGAUAUCGCCUACCAAAUAAGAAGGAGUCCCGCACGGCCGUCGAUCCUCGCUUCAAGACACUCUUCACGGACCAGGAAUUUCGCAAAAAGGCUACCGUUGAUCGAUAUGGGCGGAAGAUAAAGUCGGACUCGAACAAAAAAGAUUUGGAGAAGCUGUAUCGCUUAGAUGCAGCAGAUCAGCCGAAAGCAAAGGCUAAACCAGGGAAGAAGCAGGAUCGGGAAGUCGUGGGCAGCUCCGAGGAAGAGUCGGGGAGUGAGGACGAUGUGGACGAUGUAGACGUCGAGGAGGAUGACAGCGAAGAAGAGCUAGUGGAGAAACGCGACCCGAUGCGAGAUGGCUUCUCAGAGUCCGAGUCAGAGGAAGAGUCCGAAGAAGAGAGUGACAGCGAAGCAGAACUACUUGACGACACGGCAGGAGUGGAACAAACAGAGGAUGUGCCAAUGGGAGAAGUAUCACGGAGAAUUGCUGCUGUCAAUUUGGACUGGGACAACAUUCGUGCAGCAGAUCUCAUGGCGGUGGCGGCCAGCUUUGCGCCUACGGGCGGCAAGAUCGAGAAUGUCACGAUAUACCCGAGCGAGUUUGGGCGAGAGAAGUUGCAAAGAGAGGAGACUGAGGGACCGCCGCGGGAGAUCUUUGCAAGCUCGCAGAAGGUGACUGCAGAAGCUCAAGACGACGAUGAUGACGAGAGCUCGGAGGACGACGAGAAGAUCAAGAAGAAGUUACUCGAAACUCAAGCCUCCGCCGGCGAUGAGUUCGACACAGCCGCCCUUCGCGCAUACCAGUUGGAAAGACUAAAGUACUACUACGCCGUCAUCUCAUGUUCCGACGGGUCAACAGCAAAAGCCCUUUACGACGCCAUGGAUGGCCGCGAAUACCUCUCAACAGCCAACUUCUUCGAUCUGAGGUUUGUUCCAGACGAGACCUCCUUCGAGGACGACACCCCUCACGACGAAUGCAACCAACUACCAUCCGGCUACAGACCCAACGAAUUCCGCACCGAAGCCCUGACGCAUUCCAAAGUCCGCCUAACAUGGGACGACGACGACGCCACGCGAAAAGAAGUCCAAAAACGAGCCUUCUCCCGCGCAGAAAUGGAAGAGAACGAUCUCCAAGCCUACAUCGGCAGCGACGACUCCGACGCCGACAGCAUCUCAUCCCGCAUCUCCACAGCAGCAGACCGCAAGGCGAAGAAGAAGGACGCCCAACGACAGAAGAUGCGCGCAGCACUAGGACUCGGAGAUGAACCCACCAAGUCCUCCAAAUCAUACAAAGACGAACCAGUCGGCGACAUGCAAAUCACAUUCACAUCCGGCCUGACAAACGCCGACGGUGGCGAGAAAGCAGCCGGCGGGAAGAAAGGCGUCUUCGAAAACGAGCCGCAAGACGAAGAGUCCACCCGCCAACGCUACAUUCGCAAAGAAAAGGAACGCAAACAAGCCCGCAAAGAACGGUCCAAAGCCGCACGCGCAGGGACAUCAGCGGCCGCAACAAAAGCCGCCCGCAAAGCCGCCAAAGCAGAGAAGCGCGCCGCCCGCGAAAAGCUCGACGCCGAAGCCUCCUCCCGCAAAGCCGAACUCUCCCUCCUCAUGCAAGGCGAAAACGGCGAAGGAGAAGGCGUACGGCACUUUGACAUGCGAGAGAUCGAAAAGGCCGAAAAGGCAGCGCGACGAAAGAAAGGGAAAUUCGGAAAGAAGCCGAAGGGAUUGGAAGAGGUGGAGAAGGACGACUUCCAGGUUGAGGUGGAGGAUCCGAGAUUUGGGAAAGUGUUUGAGAGUCAUGAGUAUGCGAUUGAUCCGACAAAUCCGCGGUUCAAGGGGACGGCGGGGAUGAAGACUUUGUUGGAGGAGGGGAGGAAGAAAAGGAAGUUUGAGGAUGGAUUGGGGGAGGAUGGCAAGGAGGAGAGGAAGAAGAAGGGGAAGAAGGAUGUUGGUGAGGCGGAGGAAAGAGGAGACGAUGUGAAGAGUCUGGUGGCGAGGUUGAAGGACAAGAGUCAGAAGAAGAAGAGGUGAGCGGUGAGUACGGAUAGGUAACCCAGAAAAUCUCGAAGGGCCACGGUUCCCGGCAAGUGCCAGCCUUAUACCAUCGCAACCAAAGCUACACUACGUCCAACCUUCCAAGAACCCUACGAUUCGGCGCUGGAGAUCGAUCAUCCCCAUAGUAUCCGCGAUCCUCCGGAGUCCAGAUUCCGCGGAAAGCAAGGGCGUACACCGACCACGUCCUUGCCACGCCCGUUUUGCAAGUCUCCCCAAUCCCAUCAACACGUGACGCUCGCAACCUUCCAUUUGCCGAACUUGCCCGAGGGCAACCUAUUCAACAGAUCAGACACCACCGCGAACGAGCAAAGAACGGUUUUUGUGACUUACGUGAC